ACGUGUGAACGCAGCAAAGAACAGACUUUCAGAGUAUAUUUGGAGCAUACCUGUGGUCACAUUCGUUGCCUUACAUGUUUGUAUUGGCAGUGUGGCCCUCGUGGCCUGCUUCUUUUGUCUAUUCUGCCAUUUAGUUUCUCUCUCAUGUGGCCUUCCAAAUUAUAAUAGCAACUCUAUGGACCGAUACAGAGUCUCCUUGUGUUGCAGGUGGCGUUAGCCGCCUGAUCGUCGUUUUCCUGUGAGAUGAUUGGACUGAGUGACUGUACGUGGAGGUUUUGCGCCAUGUUGGAUAGUCAGUCCGUUUCUUAGCAGCGGGCGUCAAGCCGUCACAGAGGCAACAUCUCCGUCAUUCAGAAUUAGUGCUGCUUCACCGCCACUCACCCUCGUCGCAUUGGUAGCCGAGGGAGACGAGACAGGGCUCACAUCAAGAGUUUUGGAAUGAACCUGCAGCCUGCCGGAAGUUGUUGAGGCAGAAGAGUCCUGUGAUUCCCCGCAACAGAAGGUCUAAAUGCAUUGACUCUUAUAUUCGUGGGUAACCUGUUCGCAAACACACUUCUGCAACAGACAAAAUCUCGACUCCCUUUUUUGUUUUCUGCUUUUGAAACAAAAAAGGGAUAGAGGGGAAAAGACAAGGAUAGAAACUGGCAAUUGUUGAGAAAAACAAAUGAGACGCAAUUCUGUCUUCUGCGAAACAAAAGAAAGCAUUCAAAGGAAAGAAGACGUUGUUGAAGGAAUUGUUACUGUUAUAUUGUUUUACAGAAGCAAGGAGAUUGUUGACUGAUACAGCCAGCUUUUCGGAAUAGAAAAGAAAUAUUGUUAAGACAAUUCAGAAGGCCUACAGAUUGAAUGAAAUUAAACGGUUUGAAAUAAAGGAGAAAUACAAAGGCCGUGACUUAACAGAUAUUUCAACACAGCCAAAUAAUUUAUGGUGUUCUAAUUUAUUUUUGUAAUAGAAAAAAUAAGAAAUUUGUGAAUUGUUGGAUAUUUGUGGGUACCUGGAAGCAAGUACUUAACAGAGGCAAGCUCAGGGUAAGGAGAUAAAGCUGUGAUAUUAGUUUUAAAAACAAAAUGGGUGCGGAAGUGUGGAGCACAUGUGGACCGCGAGCCGUUGACGGCAGAGGUGUUAAGCUGAAGACUUUGUAAGGAGCUGUUCGUCCAGGAAGGACCUGUUCAUAACUGCACAAUGGAAGGGAUAGCAGUAACAACGCAUAGCCCAUUUUUGCUGGAAGCCUUCUCUCCAGAGGUUCUUUGGCUCGUCGUCGUUGGCUUCGCAACGGCAUUCGUCUUGGCUUUCGGCAUCGGAGCCAACGAUGUUGCCAAUUCUUUCGGAACAUCUGUGGGAUCGAAAGUGCUUACUGUGAAGCAGGCCUGCUUCUUGGCAACAGUGUUCGAAAUCGCAGGAGCUGUGCUAAUUGGGUACAAGGUGUCGGACACGAUGAGGAAAGGCAUCUUGGAUGUCUCCCUAUAUGAGGGAACAGAGAAGGAACUUAUGUUAGGCUGCCUGGCCUCUUUGGUGGGCAGUGCAAUAUGGCUGAUGGUUGCCACUUUCUUCAAGCUGCCAAUUUCUGGCACCCACAGUAUUGUUGGCGCUACUGUUGGCUUCUCGUUGGUCUGUCGUGGAACUGAAGGCCUCCAUUGGACAACCCUAGGGACUAUAGUGGGAUCGUGGUUCAUUUCACCCGUCCUCUCCGGCCUGAUGUCCGUGGUGCUCUUCAAGCUCAUCCGCCAUUUCAUACUUUUCACACCGCACCCCCUGGUGCCUGGCCUACGAGCCCUACCCUUCUUCUACGGGAUAACUAUUCUUGUCAAUGUCUUCUCCAUUGUCCACAAUGGGCCCAAAUUGCUGUACUUUGACUACAUUCCAUGGUGGGGGGCACUGCUUAUCAGUAUAGCUGUGGGAUUAAUCUCCAUGCUGCUUGUCCAGUUUCUCCUGGUGCCAUAUGAGAAGAAGCGAGUCGUUGAACUCAUCAGGAAACAAAAGGGGCGAGGCGUCAGUUUUUCAUUCGGUGAUUCGACAGAAUCUUCACGGGACCCAAGCCCCAAGACUUCACGAGCCAUUUCAACAGAUGAUAUCAAGAAGCCACUGCCAAGUAUCACUGAGACGAGCGAACUGGACAAACAAGUGUUGACACUGACCGACAACAAUGAGAUGGUGCAGUUCCCUCCUGUUGUCUCGACAAAUGGGACCAAUAAGGCUGCCAGCCCCCACACAUAUUGCUUCCCUGUCGCACAGAUGAACAGAGCCACGACAAAAUCAAAUGGCUAUCUGCUGGCUGAAACAGCCCUCACUUCCACAAAGAACAAGGAGACUGCUUCUCAUGUUGAUGCUGAGAAUCUCAUAACGUCCAUGCCUGGAAAUGGCACCUUGCAGAUUAUGGGCCAGCCGCAGCCCCCACAGAAACAGCAGUCUUCACAGCACCUUCUUCCUGAACCUCUGCGACCAGGAAGUGGUCAAGUCACUCCCGUGUUUGGUCUGUCUCCCAAUAGCAGUGCAGUGCCUCUGAUUAAAGAACGUGUAACAGACGACAAGUUUGACCCUGAAGUAGCUGCUUCGAAGAUGGAAGAAACAGCAAAGGAGGAUCCUCCUGAGGUUGCCAAACUUUUUUCAUUCCUUCAGAUCCUGACUGCGACAUUUGGAUCAUUCGCACAUGGGGGAAAUGAUGUAAGCAAUGCUAUUGGUCCGCUGAUAGCGUUAUGGUUGAUCUACAAGGAGGGCUCUGUGCAGCAGCAGUCAGAGACGCCUCUCUACAUCUUGUUGUAUGGUGGCCUUGGCAUUUCCAUUGGCUUGUGGAUAUGGGGCCGAAGGGUGAUUCAGACAAUAGGCGAGGACCUCACUAAGAUCACAGCUUCCACAGGGUUCACAAUAGAGAUAGGCGCAGCGUUCACGGUUCUGCUGGCCUCAAAGAUUGGCAUCCCCAUCAGCACGACACACUGUAAAGUUGGUUCCGUUGUCUUUGUGGGCUGGGCCAGCUCAUCCAAGCAAGGCGUUGACUGGAAGCUCUUCAGGAACAUAAUCUUCGCGUGGAUGGUAACAGUGCCAAUUGCUGCUGGACUCAGCGCACUGAUGAUGGUGAUUCUGAAAGCUGUUGCACUCUAAACCAGCCUGUUGAUGCCACGCAGUCUCAGUGAGAGAUUGAAGCAAAGGUAACAAGCAUCAUCAUGUUUCUUCAUUCAUCAAGCUAAGAUGAUAAAAAUUAAGUUGAAUACAUGCAUAAGCAGCAAACAUAAUAACUUGUUGGGUGGGGGGGAAUGAAAACAGUACUGCCGUAACAGACUGACCGAGGUUUAUAUGCACUGUUUAAGUAAAGCUCAAUUGUUGGGAUAGUUUGAUAUUUGUUGGUGUUGAUUAAAACAACAUUCGUGAUGUGUUUUCUGUUACUUCAUCCAGCUGCUAGCCUGCCUGGUGUGUGUUCUAUGUGAAAUGAAUGAUAACUUCAGGUUUUGUUAGGAAUUAUAUAAUUUUUGUUUUAUAAAAGGUGUUGAAUGGGGAAAGUUCUGUGAAGAAAUAAAAUAUUUUAAAGAAAUUAUUGCCUUUUUCUUUCUUUUUUUUUUCUUUGUAAAAAAAGACCUGCAAGUAUGUUUCUUGAUUUAAUGAGCUUUUCUUAAGUGAUAAGUUAUUGGAUCAGCACUUAGAGGCUUGUGAUAUAGCACUGUAACAUGCUGCAAUCUUAGAACAGGUGGUAUAAUGCUAAUUUAUAGUAUUGUGCACAAGAACCGGUGAGCAUUGUUUGGUUCAUCUCGCCCGUCAGUAAUCUUAAGAGCAGAGCUCACCAGAUUUUUGAUGUACACACGUCUGCCAACUCUUGGUGCCGCACUUGGGCUCAGUGAGGGCCUAGACUUGUAUCAUAUUGUGAGCAUUUUAUUUCAAGUGUCUGGAACAUGUUUCAGUAAAAAUAUAUGCCAUAAUUUGUACUGUGUUGUGUUUUGAAAUGCAUGAUGAUCAGGAAUGAAGAACUUUUUGAAAAUGUGGUAGCCAAACAUUAUGGUCACCAUGAAAGGGUGCAUCAGAAUUUUCUGUCACCUUGCUGUGACUCUCUCCUCCAAUCAGAGUGCAAGAUAUCUCCCCCCUACUGCCAUACUGUGUCCUAAGCACCUGCAGGACAGGUAUAAGACAUUGGCAAACUGAAUUACAGAGAGGGUUUAAUUGUUAUCACUUCACAGUUUGUUGAUCAUAACGUCUGUGGAUAUGAGUCACAAUUUCCUUUGUUUCAUGUAACAGAGAGAUUGUCAGAAUUGUAAAUUCCAAGUCCCAAAUGCUCAGCAGGAAAUUAUUUGCCAGCUGAAAGGCGACCAUAUUUUUCAACCCCUGGCAGUGAUGGAUGAAUCAUAUGCAUUCAGAAAAUAUCAUGACUGUACAUUUAUUUUGAAUGUGUGUUUUAUUUUUAAGGCUGCGGUCAUGCAUGAUUUAUUCUGGUAAGGUGAGCCAUGUACUUUUCCUAUGAUUUCUGUAGUUUCAGUUUAUAUAAUCUCAGUUUCUAAAGUGGGAUACUAAAUUCUUGCUCAGAUGGGUUCCAAAUUUAAAGUACAACUUGAUGUAUGUGCAGAUUUGUCUGUGUCUGGUCUGAACAUUUGAACUCUAGGGAUGGCAUCAUCCUACGCUUGAUUCAGUGCCCAUGUUAAUCUUUUGGGCUUUCUGCUGCUUCAGCCUCUAAGUCAGUCCUGUCACUUGGCUUUUCAUGUCUCCACACAACCGUCUUAACAAAAAUGCUGCCAGCUAUUCACAUGCCGUCAUUGGUACAGAAAUAAAGACAGGCGCCUGUCUCCUGAACGCACUGCUGAUUUCAUUGAUUCAAGCAGUGCAGUGUGUUGUUGGUAACAAACUGAAGAUGUCAUUGCAGUCAGCAGUUUCCUCGCUGACACUGAAACCUUCAUUUCAGUUAAUAUUUAGGUUGACCUAGGUUUGUUGCCUGGCUGCAGCACAUGGAUCUGUGCAGGGUCACAUAUCCUCAUGACUUUCCAUUUUGUUAGCCAUCCGCUGGAGCCAGGAUGAUAGCUCAGCCAUUUCAGUGAUUGGGUUGCAGGCUGAAUGACAAACGUUGAAUUCCCAGCAGAGGCUACCAUGUCCGCACCAGCUCUAGGGCCACCCAUCUUCCUGGCUGACACUCAUUUCUGUCGGGUGCCGAGGCUAAGGAUACAUGGGGCUAUACCUCAGUACCCCAUUUUUCUUCAUGACAUGCUUAAUUCAAGGAAAACGUUUCUCCCAUUUAGUCCUUAUGCAUUUGUUAAUGCUACCAGUUGAUUUAAUGUUAAAAAUGUUGUCAGUCUAUCAUGCAUACAAGACUUUGUUAGGUUCAAAUUAUCUGGUGGAUUUUUAUUUCAAACAUUGAAAACUGUAAGAAGUGCAUAUAGUGACAAAGCGUUACAAGCUGGAGAUCCUUGCUGAUGUUACGGAAGUGUGUGUUGAUGCAGUAGGUGCAUCUGACUAGAACUGUGAGAAGAGAAUGUUUGCAUUACUGUCUGCUCUGCUAGGGAACUGCCCUGACACCCUAUGUCAUGGGCAGCUGUGUGAUCCUAACAAAUAGGAUGAUCAAAAGUGGAUUUUGCAAAUGCUCCUGUGUUCUUUGGUGUUGAAAAGGUUGGUGUGAACAACACAGGACUGCAGGAAGUGAAACUUUACCAUAUUCAAGCAGCCGGGUGAUAUGUUAUAGCCAUUUUCAUUCCCACUACAAAUCUCUGUAAAUGUUUUUGUGUAAUGCCUCCCCAGCCGUAUAUGUGAUGUACAGAUAUGCCUCAUCUCUUACUGAAGGCAUGUUUGUACUUUUGUUAAUGAAACAGAAAUGAUCACUAGAAUGUGCAUUGUAUGGCAUGUAAGUUUUUUUGUAGAUUUAUUUUUAGUACAUCUAUAGCGCACAAUGAAAUUGUUUGCCCAGAAUUUGUAUUCCUAUUAAUUUUUAGUCAUGUUUAAUCAUAUUUAUUGUAGCUCAUGAUUGCUUCCAAGUUUAAGUGGCUUGAAAUUACACUGGCUGAAAAUUUUUGCUGGCAUGAAACUUGGUUACAACUGAUGCUGAGUUGUUAUGUGAGACUGGCCAUGUACUGUGAAAGCCUGUUACAAAAAUAGACAGUUUUACUCUCAGCAAUCUAUACAAUGCACUGUAAAAUAGGUUCAUAAAGAGUGAAUCAUGUAGCACCUAAGGAGAUGCCCACAAUGCUUGCAGAAUGUGUGCAUGUGUCGGGGUCAGCUGUCAAUGGCAACCUAACCUCAGAGCAAACACAGUUGCACUUAGCAUGAUACACAAACUGCUGCUGUCAUUAGGUGUGCAGCAGAAAGUGCGAUGUGAUAGUGGCAACAUCAGAAGAAACCAUAUGCAUUUUGGACCAAGAUUGCCUCCGAGUUUCCAUUUAAAGUGUAGAAAUGUGAGUGCUGUGGACCUAAUAAAGAAGACAUAUGUAUUGUGCUAUCUUCCCUUGUCCCUUGCCAUUACUUAUGGUAGCCAUGGCAAUUUGAGUUCUCAUCCAAACAUUUUCUUUCUGAUUACAUGAAAAUAUUUUGAAUUACUUGUAUGUUAUAUUGUAGUGUGUUAGCAAAGAAAGUGAUCAUACCUUUUGCAAAGAAUGCUUGCUUGUGACAGUAAUGCGUAAGUCACAUGCUGAGCAAACACGGUUGUUUGGUUUCUCUCUGUGUUCAGAUGGAUAAAACAUGUUUUCUCUGUCGGUGAAAUAAAUGCAACUGUGAGCAUGGCAGCCUGGGUGUGCUGCAGUUAAGCGAGAUCUCAUAUCAUUUGAAAUGGUGCUUGUUUGAGAGAGAAAUGUACAAGAAAUGCAUAUAUGCAGUGUUUCUUCCACGUGCCUGGGCACACAGUCAUUAAUUGCCAUGAAUUAUAUGCUGCCAGUUGUAACCAGGUUUCAUGUUAUAUUCUUAAGUGGCUUUUCAUUGGUACAAGUUUUAACAGUAUUUUACAUUACAUAUAUAUAAUAUAUAGAGCAAUAUGAGGAAAAAAUGGCACUCAUAAUGUUUAAUGUACAUGGUGCAAUUGUGUCUGUAUACAUAGACCAGAGAUCUCUAUACUGCUUGUGCAUCAGUGCAGUCAUUACCUUGAAAACAUUAGUUGCUCGUUAUAAAUGUUUGAAUGGUAGUGCAGCAAAAUAACCAUAUAGCAGCUCAGAAGAAGUAAUGCAGAUUCUCAACCCUAAGCACAGCGGUAACUGUGUGUACCGCCCAUUUUGACACAACUGCAUUUUGUCCACAGAGAGAGUAUGUGUACAUUCUGUAUGAUUCUCAGACUAAAUAGCAAUUACUUCCCUCACAAACUUUUAACCAGUUUGUUUUUGUAAUGGAGACAUUUUUCUGUGCAGUAGGAACAGAAUUUUAUAUGUUCUUCAUAUGAACUUCAAAGGGUUCUGUGUUCGUGCCCAGGUAUGUACUUUUUAUACUGCUUUUCUGAUUUUAACUGCAUCAUUUUCAUGUUUCUUGUGUAGAAUGGAACUGACACUAGAAGAAGUUCCCAGCUGCUCAAUUUUGAAUUUUGUUCCAAAUUCUUCACAGUGAAGUCUUCUUGUCCUGUUCAGCCAGUGGACCUGUUAGCUCCAGCGUCUAUUUCCAGGUUCUGUGCAGUCUUCCAGCAGUUCCCUCGUUGCAGAGUUGUCCUACUCCAGAGGUUUAGAGCAGUGUUUGGCCCCAGUAGGUUGCUCACCUCACCUUCACUGUCCAACGAUGGGAGAACUGCUUCUUUAAGGGGUUCGGACAAGGCCUCAUAUUUAUGACCCCGGGGAAGAGGGUGUUUUGGCUGUGCUCUAGCUCAGGGAGAUAGUCACCUGCUUCUCACCAUGGGUGCAUGGGUUCAGUCCCAGGGCAGUUUUUGUGUUAUUUCUGGUGGGCAGGCUAACACUUUGGUUUCCCGCACCAGUUACCAUGCUACCAAUGCUGCAGUCUGUCAUCUGGGCCAUUACAGUGGGCCAACUUGCAGCCUAAGUGCCAAGCACCCCAGUCUCAUGCCACCAUGAGAAUGAAAAUAUGUCCCAGUAUUUCAAAACCCCCAGAAACCAGACUGCCUGAUGGUUGAUGGGUCCUUACUCAGUUUCUCAGGACUACGCCACCAUGUCUGACAGCCCCUCUUUGUCCACCACCCAAGGGGUACACACCCACGCUAAGGAUUAUAGUGGCCUGCGAGGGCAUGACAGAUAAUCACUAUGUGACUGUAUGUUCAGUAAGAACAUUUAUGGGUCUGAUUCAGAAAUGUUCUGUAUUUUGCCUCGUGUACCAUGGAGGGAAGCAGAGGCACUUGUGUGGGAUUGUGGCAUGUGUUGCUGUCUUGAACAGUUCCACAUUCAGUGGAUGUAACAAGCAUGUAAUGGUGCCCUGCCUCCAUAACCUGUCCUGGCUUUUAAAAUUUGUAGCACUAAAUAGGCAAUGCAAUUCUUGUACCCCCCCCCCUUUGUAGUGUGAUGGUAAGGUGAAAGUGUGGUACAGGUUUGGAAUGAAUGUGUGAUCUUAUGUUACGUGUAUGAGAGGUUACCAUUAAUGGGACAAAGUGUGAUGCAAGAGGUAUAUGAGAUUGCUUGUUAUAUGGAUAUUUUGGUGUAUUACCUAUUGGGCUGUCUGUGCUCAACUGUUUUGCUGUUUAGCAGUUAAGUGUUAACAAACCAUACAUGGUUUACUGGAGAGGUGAUGUAGGAGCAAGUACUUAAAAGAAUUUCUGGUUAGAACUGAAAACUCUUUGUUAGUGCUAAUGAAAGUUUUUUUUAGAACAAGAUGUUGAACUAUUGGCCUUACAACUGUAUCGUAUGUACAUGGCGAAAUGUUUGCAACCUUGAAAUCUCUAUCAAUUAUUGUUACAGUAUUUUAAAUAUGUCAGUUGGUCUCCCCAUUCCCAGAAUAAAAUGUGGAAAUAACA